GAGUUGAAAUAACAAGACCAGCGGAGUUAUCUUGGGGAAUAGCCGCGCUGGUACGUCCGUUCGUGACGAUUCGGCCGACGUCACGCGGGACGGAGGACGUGCGUGACUCUAUUAAGCCCCGACAGUGCACUCCGAAUGUGUCAGGAAGCCCGUACUACACGACUGCGCGCCUCGUGCACGUACGCAUCGCGCGCGACACGCACACACGGAGGCGAACGAUUUUUCUCCCGGAAAUCUGGUCGACGUUAACGUCGGGCUCCAAAGCUUUCGUGCAAUGUCAAGCACCAUACGUUAUGAUGGGCUGAACGUCUCCGGGAAAAUCGUUAGAAACGCCGCGUACGAUCGUGCAGAACGCGAGACCAGCAAAGGCGUACCAGUGAGAGGAAUAGGACGGGCGGAAAAAAGUGGGAGUGAAAGUGGAAAAAUUCCGUUUUUCGAAAUUACGCGAGGGACAAGGGCGAGCACCUAGUGCGAACGCGACGAGGCUGCUGAUGUUCCGCGGAGACUAUGGAGCCCGAGGAACCGCUGUUACAAGGGAUUCUUCUGUUACCGCCACAGGGAAUGCUAGGCCAACUGAAGAAAACAUGGCACAAGAGGUUCUGUCAGUUGUUCAGAACCAGCAACUAUGGGAUCAAGCGUGUAGAAAUUUAUGACAACCAAGAGGAGGCUGUAUUACAGCUGCAUAGUCCACGCAUCAUUACAUUGGAUGCAUGCAUCAAGAUUGCACCGAGUAACCAGUCCCAUGUGUUCACUGUGGUGACAAAAUCAGGAAUCCACUACUUUGGAUGUUACUCGGAAUCGGAUAUGAGUCACUGGAUAACCGCGUUUCAAUUAGUAGCUUUUAAAGACAGUGUUUCUAACCAGACGAUAGAAGAAAACAAUGAUCUCUACUGCACCAGCGGCGAAGGAGUGUUUUCCGUAAAAGUAGCAGAAACGGACGCGUCUAAGCGAUGCGGUUUAGAAAAUAGAAAUUAUACGCUCGUAGUAGCCGCGGUUGAUAUGAAAUUAAUGGAUGGGGAUAUAGUGUUGUUCACGUGGCCGUAUCGCUAUAUCAGAAGAUACGGUUACAAAGAUGGAAAGUUCAUUUUUGAAGCGGGAAGAAAAUGCGAGUCUGGGGAAGGUUCCUUUCGUUUGGAACACAGUAGCCAGCAAGAGAUUUUUCGUUGCAUGUAUUCAAAAAUGAGGUCGAUGAAGAAAUUAAUGAACGAAGAAGGUAUACCGGGUAUCGAAUGCAACGACGCUCAAUACCACGCGGCUUUGUCUAUGGAAGCUGGUUCUAGAGCAGCGUUACCCCCUUCCCCAAAUAGUUCUGCUAAUUUGAUAGACAUCGAUUUUUCAACAUCGCAAAAUUCUCAGAAACAGUCAAUCUCCUCGUCAAAUUUAGAUACCAGUUUAUCUUCUAAACCCUCUUUGUCUCUCAUGAAAUCUAAACCCGCGAAGCCGCCACGAAAAUAUAUUUUCGCGGGCUUAUUAGACAAGAAGAGCAUAGAUUCCGAGAUAUUGGACUCGCCCGCGUCCGUGGAGUAUAAAGCAUUAAAUCGGGAUAAUUCGCCAGAGUCGUCGCAGAAAACAAUAGGAAGUUCGAUACUCGAUGACGAGGAGAGACAUCCGUACGAUAUAGUAGAAGUAAGGAACGACGCUUGGAAAACGCAUGGUAUCGAUAACAUACAUCACACAGAAAGACCAACCUCGUUACUGCACAAUGACAAAGAUAAAGAGAACGGGGAUGAUUUCCAAUACGAAACUAUGAUGCCUAUGCUGUCGUCCCAGAACUCUUCGAAAAGUAAGUCGAGUAUUACGGAUAAUUCGAUGGCAACGUCGAUUAAUUACGUAUCUUGCAAAUCUAACGACGAUGACCCUGAUUACGAUAAACUAGAACAUUUCGGUUCCGCGAGUAACAUUAAUCAGAAAAGUGCGUAUAAAUUUGGGAACUUUACUACCGCGUCUAACAAUUCACAUUCCAAUGUUUCCCUAAACAAUUCGGUAGUUGACACAAACACUGCAUGGUCCAAUUACGAUAUAGUCGAAGAUAUGUCUGCUGUUAGAUUAGCGGAUGAUAGUCACCUCGGUUACGGUGUCAUUAGAAAGAAAUCAAAUCACUCCGAGUCUGCUUCCAGUAGUAACGCGAUGGGUCCAAAGCAUACAGUCUAUAAUAAUAGUGAAUAUGCAGUUGUAUCUAAACCAAAAAGGGUAUAAACGAUCCAAAAUAAUUUCAACUUCGUAAAUGUAACUAUAUUUGAUUUAGAGAUUUCUAAUUCUCCAAAAUAAUAAUAAUGCUAGUCUAUGUUAUGACUAGAAUAAGUUCAUUCCUACUUUUUCCGAGUAAUGAAAAAGUUAAAUGCUGAUAUUUUAUAAUUUUGUUAUAAACGUGAAGGGGUGAAAUUACUUUUAUUUCCGUGCAAAGAUUAGGUUAAAAAUCACUAGUCUUCUUAAUCAUUGUCAAUUGUAUAGGAAUAAUUAUUCUAGAAACAAAAUGAUUUUUAAUGUAUAUUAACCAGUAAAUGUUACAAGGAAAUUUAUUAAUACGAUAUUAUUCUGAAAGGGAUUCAGCAUUAGUUUUUUAAAAGUAUAAAAAUGACUGAUUGCAAUAAAAAAACGAUACAGUGCCUUAUAUCAUAAAAUAGUUCGACCCUUUGAUCGGUACUCGGACGAUCGAUUGAUUGCGUGCGAUAAACGCCUAUGAGCGUUCAGCGUGUAUGUGUGAAAACGCGUGUAGCUUGUGUUCACCGUCAAAGGGUUAAUAGCACAAUCAAGCUAAGUUUUAUUAAAUUAUUACAGUAUUUGGAAAGUAAAUUUGCAUGUUAUUACAUUAUCUGGUGUACUUAGAGACUUUUAAUAUUAUUAUAUCUAUUAAUAGCUCCCCAUUAUAGCAGUACUGCAACUUUCAUUGAAGUUGUUCCCUCACUGCAAGACCUUUAAAAUCUAUAUACAUUUUUCAAAAACCAGAGUUUAUAUAUAUAUAUGUAUGUAUACAUAAUAAGGGAAGAGCAUAAAGUCAUUCCAUCUGUUUCAAAUACUAUAUAUUUUAUAUACAUAUAUACGUAUUAUAUAUGCACAUUUAUAAAGGAUUUAACCACGUUUCAUACAUUUUAUUAUUGACGAAACGUAGCUCUAUUAAAAAAUGUAUUAUACAUAUACAUUUUUUAAUAGAUGUUCACGUAACAAACAUUUAACACUGUCAAUUAGAACUUGCCAUAUAUAGUAACUUUUUACAACAUGUGCCAAGGUCUGCCAUUUGAAUUUUAUCGAUAUUACACUCAAUAAUAGCAUUGCAAAAGGCAAGUCUUAGAGAAUCUUAAGAUCUGAGAAAUUUUGUUUGAGAAUAUGUAUUUUUUAUCAAAUUGUACAUAUUAAGAGUAUUAUAUACAUUUUAUAUUAUUAAAGGAAAAGUAUAAAGUAUGCAUACUACGAAAACAGCACUGUUUACUCUAGUAAUUAU